GACACUUUAUGAUAUUCAUAUUGAUUCUGGUUUGGUCUGUAUUUUAGUUUGAAGAGGAAAUGUAGAAUUGAAAAUUACUUACCACGUCACGGAUUUCAAGUAUUUACAAAUAUAAAGAAGUAAAAAUGAUUAUUUAUCGCUGAACGCUAAACUUCAACGACGAUCAUGCAAAUAGUCAUAAAAAGUUAUCUAAAUAAGUGUCAAAGAUCGCUUCGUUUUCUACUGCUAAAUUUUGGAGCAUGUUUGGGAACAUUUAUUGUAAAUAUUCGCCAUCUGUAAAAUUGAAAUCAUUAAUAAAUUUUAAUUUUUGUAGGUACCAAUUUAUGGAGCAUGUAGGAACAGAUAUUAGCUCCUGAACUUGCAGAUUUGUACAAUAAUUGAGUGAAAUUUGUUUAUCAUACAUUUAUAAAACAUGGAUUAUCUCGUCAAAUUAAACACACAUAUUGUUAAAAGAUGAGACCUUGACUUAUCGAAUGAAGCUAAAAUUGUUGCAAAAUAAAACUAGACCGGUUAUUCAAGUUGCCUCAAAUAAUGCAUGAGCUCGAAUUGAUCUGAUUUGAUCUGAUAACAGGUUAAUUUUACAAGCUGCUCCUCUUUUCUGGAGGGUGUGCAAUCUAAAUACAUACGAAACACACGUGUAUUGACUUAAAGAUGACAUUCUGCUAAAGGUGUGGAUUGGAUUUAAUGCAAUGCAAUCAUUAUUACACAAUAGAUGAACUGGUUACAUAUAUUUUUUACGUGCUGACCAAUUCUUUCGUGACACAAGAUGCGACAUGCAACGCGAUUGACAAACAUUGCCCAACAUAAUAUUUUACUUGUACCCAGUAUCAAUACACUACUGCAAUUGCAAAUCAUUUAACUAACUAUGCAUGGUUACUCAAGUUUAAUUUUUAGAAGCUAUUCCAAAUUAAUUAAAUUCUUGAACCGAAGCAAUCGUGCUAAAUUAUUAAUUACAAUGUCGGAGAGGUGAUUCGUCACAAACUGUUAAAACUCAUACAAAAUCCUGGACCCAAUAUUAUAGUCUAAUAAUCUGAACAAGGCAAAUGACGGUGGGGUCACAAAGUGUUGAACUCGAGAAGAUAAAGGUGAAUGGUAAAGGUAUUCCAGUCACAUCAUCCACCCCACGUCCAGGCAAGGAUAAACCUUCCACCUCUACAAAUCUUGCUGAUACGAGAAAGGGCUUCGCUGCUACCAAUUCAUCAUCAACCAGUGAACUUGUAGAAGCAAUGUCAGAUUCAAAUACGCCAAGCAGCACCCCCACUGCGCGUGGAGUCGAAGAUGGCGUAGCAGACGGGACAAUGUCGUCGGAAUCAUUUUUCGCCUCGCCACAAAGCAACACCAGUCCAGGGGCGGAAUUAGACGUCGAAUAUUUCGCCACGCCACCAUCCGAGCCAGCGCAACCGCCUUUGUUGAAAGGAACCUCUUUUCCAGUACGGCUUCCAGUAACGCCCGUCGUUUUGGAGGGCGACAGCAUUGCAGAAAUCUUUUCUACACCGCUUCCACUCUCCUCAGAAGCACAACCCAAUUCGAUUGAGAAAGACCUCACAACAAAUACGACGAUCCCCACAAAACCGGAAAAACCCCCAAGAAAAAUUUCUGCUGAGAAACUUCUCGUUUCAAAAGUGUCAGAAGUUACGCAUUCCGAACCGUCGUCGUCGAACAACCCGGGUGAAAAUUCUCAACCAGCUACCUUAUCAAUUGAUGUCGAAGGACUUCCCCCUCCAGCUGACCCCACACCCAAGGAAUCUCCUCCCCACGGAGAAAGCAGCGGUGGCGAUGGUGGUGGCAACGUCUCCAUGAAACAUUCCACCCCGAGCAGAAGAGCGGAGAUGAGUCGGAAAUUGGGCGUCGUGCCGGGCUACAUGGUCGUGGACGAUGACAACCAACCUGAACAUGACCCUGAAAACAAUACUCCAUCCUCGAAAGAAGGAGCAGCACGACCUUCGAUGGCAGAUAUCAGCGCGGCCGCCAUGCGCUUCACGGCGCGACAAUGGACAUGUCUCGUUGUGUUUGGAUUAGCCGACCUCGCAUCAGCAAUGGUGGUUUCUAUCCAGGCUCCCUUCUACCCGGCGGAGGCAGAGAAAAAAGGUGCCACCGCGUCCGAGUAUGGCUUAGUUUUUGGAGUGUAUGAACUCACCAUUUUUUUAGCGUCCCCAUUUCUAGGAAAAUAUAUGAACAGGAUUGGUCCAAAGGUUGUUUUUAACUCUGGAAUCAUAUUGACUGCAGUGUCUUGCAUAGCUUUUGGAUUGCUGGAUGAAAUAGACAACCACGUGCUUUUCAUCACACUCUCAUUUAUAUUGCGAAUUACGGAGGCCUUAGGUGCAGCUGCCACAACCACGGGAACUUUCACCAUAAUUUCGUGCGAAUUUCGAAAAACGUUAUCCACCACGUUUGCGUCCCUUGAAACCUUUUACGGCCUUGGAUUAAUCAUCGGGCCCACAGUUGGGGGCGCCCUUUUCCAACUGGGAGGUUACAUCGUACCCUUCAUCGUGACAGGCGUUAGUCUCCUUCUCAUCGGAAUUAUGGCGUCCUUCGUAAUGCCCAAAACCGCGUCAUUUCGGGAGGAAGAUGACGACGGGAAGCCUACUCAUGGAAUUAUGAGCUUCUUGCGUCUCCCUGGCGUCAUGGUGGCCACUUUUGCACUCGCCGUGAUGGCGAGCAGUAUCGGAUUUCUGGGUGCAACGCUAGAACCACAUUUAAGGCGGUUUGAGUUGACUCCCCUCGAAAUCGGACUCAUGUUCAUAAUCUAUGGCGCAGUUUAUGCUAUAACUGCACCGUUGUUUGGCUGGUUUUGUGACCGUGUGGCGUCACCAAUUUAUGUCCUUUUGUUUGGUGCUAUUCUCAUCUUUACGGGAUUCCUACUAAUUGGACCAGCUCCAUUCAUUCCGAUUGACACGAUCGUAUGGGUUACUGCUGUCGGUUUGGUGAUAAUGGGCCUAGGCCUUUCUGCAAUUCUGGUGGCAAGCUUCCUGUAUUGCUUGUCGGAAUCGAUGACGAACGGAUUACCCGACAAUAUUUCAACCUACGGAGUCAUCUCUGGCUUGUGGACUUCUGCCGUCAGCCUGGGUGCCUUUGUUGGGCCCUCAAUUGGGGGAUUUCUAUACGAUGAGUUUUCAUUCCGUCCAGCAACGUAUUACGUGCUAGGGACGCAAGCGUUAGUCGUGCUCGUGAUCAUCGUCUAUCUCUUUAUGAAGCCAAAACGGUCUUCUAGUGGGGACGGUGAAAAUGUCCCCCUGCUCGGCCCACCCCCAAUUUCUCCGAUUCUAUCCUCCGAUCAUAUGAAGGAUGUCGAGCUAGCUUCUGACCGAAAUUCGGGUGUCACAAUUACGACUGGAGGAACGAGUGGUGGCACUAUUCCUAGUGCUGGAUAUGGCACGGUUUGGUAGUGCUGGGCUAUUUUUUAUCUAACUUUAUGUAUUAGAGUUGAGAAAGAUUCACAUAUUUUUUGUACAAGAAAUGAGCUUGGGAAAUAUGAACAAACAGGAUUUAGAUGCCAUAAUUUCUCUCUCAUUAAUAAGCUUUAUUAACAAAGUCCAUCUCAAAUAAUUGUAAGAUAAUAACUAUAAAAAUAUCUGUGGCACGGUUAUCAUCCUCAUCAUUAGAGUAUUACAAUACAAAGUAUGUAUAUUCUUACAACGCUAAAAAGUAACUAGUAAAAUUAUUAUACU